AUGUUAGGAAUUCAAGAGGGACAGGCAUUUUUCAAUGCAGCUAGAAAUCCAAAUAAUAGACCGGAGAAUAAUAUAAGGAUAGAAGAUAAUUUACCAAGUCUGAAUGAAGUGUAUAAUUAUUUUCAAGAUUUUUUAUCAAGAUAUUCUUCAAACACGUUAAAAGAAGGUAAUUUAAAAAGGGCAUUAUUUGAAAAUGUAAAGAACAAUAAUUUUACAUUGGACUUAAAAUUAGAUGACAUAUAUAAACAACAAACAGUAUUUGAAAAUAAUGAAAUAAGUGCAACACCAAUAUCAGAAAGAAAGAUGAAAAAACAUGAAAAUUAUUCUGCUAUAUUAGCUAGAGCAUUAUCAGAAAGACCAUUAACUUAUUUGCCAACAGUUGAAAGAGUAUGUUAUGAAGUAUGCGAAACGGCUAAUAUAUUAAAUGAAGAAGAUGAACAUUUGAAUUAUAUUCAAAUUAAUUUACUCAACACAUUUAUAAGACCUACACCUAUACGAGGAUUAUUAGCAGCAACACAAGAAAGAUUUGUAGUCGUUCCUGGUAUUAUUGUUCAAGCUAGUAAACCUCAGCAUAAAAUGAGAAAAAUUACAUUACAGUGUAGGUACUGUGAUCAUAAAAUGUCUAUUGAUGUACCACUAUGGAAAGAUAAACCUCAGUUACCUCCAUAUUGUAGAUAUUCAUCUACCAUGAAAUCAUCAAUGGGUGUAUCAAAUCCUAUGGAUAAUCAGUUAGGAUGUAAUGGUGUUUUAGAACCAUAUGUGAUUUUACCGAAUGAAUGCACUUUUGUUGAUAUACAAUCAUUGAAGAUGCAAGAGUUACCCGAAGCUGUUCCUACAGGAGAUAUGCCUAGACAUUUACAAUUAAAUGCUACUAGAUAUUUAUGUGAAAAGAUGAUUCCUGGUGAUCGAGUUUUUGUACAUGGAGUACUAACUUCAUAUAACCCUAACCCUAAACCUACUAGAGCUGAUGGAACGAACUUUUCUUAUUUACAUGUUUUAGGAUUUCAAAAAUAUGAUGAUAUGACUGGUAAUGAUCUAAAUUUUGACGUUGAAGAAAGAAAUGAAUUGACAUUAUUAGCUGCUGAACAUGAUAUACAUGAAAAAAUAUUUAAAUCUGUUGCACCUGAGUUAUAUGGAAUGGAUGAAGUUAAAAAAGCUUGUGCAUGUUUACUAUUUGGAGGUACAAGAAAAAGAAUUGGUGAAGAGACAAAAAUUAGAGGAGAUAUUAACAUGUUAAUGUUAGGUGAUCCAUCUGUUGCUAAGUCACAAAUAUUAAAAUUUGUAAAUAGAUGUGCGCCUGUUUCGGUUUAUACAUCUGGUAAAGGUAGUAGUGCAGCAGGAUUAACAGCAGCUGUUAUGAGAGAUAGCCAAGGAGUUUUUUCCUUAGAAGGAGGUGCUAUGGUCCUAGCUGAUGGAGGGGUUGUAUGUAUUGAUGAAUUUGAUAAAAUGAGAGAUGAUGAUGUUGUAGCUAUUCAUGAGGCUAUGGAACAGCAAACUAUUUCUAUAUCAAAAGCUGGUAUUACCACUAUGUUAAAUACAAGAUGUUCAGUCAUUGCUGCUGCUAAUCCAUCUUUUGGUUCAUAUGAUGAUUCGCAGGAUACUACAGAUCAACAUGAUUUUAAAACAACCAUCCUCUCUAGAUUUGAUAUUAUAUUUUUAUUAAGAAAUAAACAAGAUAUUGAAAAAGACACAUUACUAUGUAAUCAUAUCGUUGCUUUACAUGCAUCAAAACAUAAAUCACAAGAAGGGGAAAUACCUCUAUCAAAACUUACCAGAUACAUACAAUAUGCCAAAAAAGAAAUUGCCCCUUUACUUUCAAAAGAGGCACGAGAUUCUUUAAGAAAUUUUUACGUUCAAACAAGGGCUGAGUAUAGGGGCGAUAGACGAUCGGUUACCAAGAAAAUACCUAUCACCCUACGGCAACUCGAGUCGUUAAUUCGACUGGCGGAAAGUUUUGCUAAAAUGGAGUUAUCUCAGUUUGCCACUGAAAAGCAUGUACAAAUGUCUAUUGACUUGUUUUCAGCUUCAACUGCUGAAACAGCAAAGCAAUGUUUGAUAUUUGAAACCAUGUCCCCUUUAGAACAGAAAGCUGUUAAGCAAGCAGAAGAUGCUAUAUUGGGUAGACUUGGAAGGGGACAAAGAGCAUCAAGGGUAAAUUUAUUUAGGGAGCUUCAAUUAAGAGGUUUUGAUCGAUCGGCCUUAUCGAAAGCACUGGCUAUACUCAUUAAGAAGGGAGAACUUCAAGAAAGGGGCGAUCGUUCCGUCAGACGCUGUUGA